CCCACCCCAGCUUUAGAUGUCCCCAGUGUCCCUGAAGUCAGCACUGAAGUCAGCACUCAAGUCAGCAGUCAGCACCCCGAGCAGGCACAACUCCGCACUAGUAAGCAGGAGGUUGAGGGACAAAUGCCUGUUGUGGAGUCAGCAGUCAGCACUCCAGUCAGCCAAUCAGCACUAGUCAGACAGGAUGCUGACUUGGACACUCACUCAGCAGCUGACUCUCGUGCUGACAGACACCCGGUGACAGCUCAAGCAAGUCAGGAUUUAGUCUUAAUACGUCCUGACAGCGCUGACUUUUCCAGGAGUCAGCACUCAGCACUCAGCACUGCCACAGAAGCCUUAUCAUUGCCAGAAAUACCUCACUCAGCACCUGUCAGCGUGGAGGGUCGCGUCAGCAUAUCAGAAGCUCAAAGAAUUGUCAGCAGUAGUCAGCAGUCACUCAGCUACGCACAGGAGCAAGUCAGCACUCCUCAGCAGGCGCUACCUCAGUUUAGGACAUCGUCAGCACCUCCCAUACAAGUGCUAACGCGAAGUGCUGACUAUACGCCAAUGCUGAUUCGCCCCGUGCUGCAAACAGGAAGUGAGGAACAAUUGCUGACGGAUUUUGCGGGUGAAGUCAGCACUCAGCAGCCAGAAGUCAGCACUCAGCAGCCAGAAGUCAGCGCUCAGCAGCCAUAUGACAGCGCUCAACAGCCAGAAGUCAGCACUCAGCAGCCAGAUAAAGUCAGCGUUCAGCAGCCAGAAGUCAGCAGUCAGCAUCCAGAAGAAGUCAGCGCUCAGCAGCCAUAUGACAGCGCUCAGCACCCAGAUGAAGUCAGCGCUCAGUUACCAGAAGUCAGCGCUCAGCAACCAGAAGUCAGCAGUCAGCAUCCAGAAGAAGUCAGCGCUCAGCAGCCAUAUGACAGCGCUCAACAGCCAGAUGAAGUCAGCGCUCAGUUACCAGAAGUCAGCGCUCAGCAACCAGAAGUCAGCGCUCAGCAAUCAGAAGUCAGCGCUCAGCAAUCAGAAGUCAGCGCUCAGCAAUCAGAAGAAGUCAGCGCUCAGCAAUCAGAAGAAGUCAGCGCUCAGCAAUCAGAAGUCAGCGCUCAGCAAUCAGAAGAAGUCAGCGCUCAGCAAUCAGAAGUCAGCGCUCAGCAAUCAGAAGGAGUCAGCACUCAGCAGCCAGAAGUCAUCACUCGACAGCCAGAAGUCAGCACUCGACAGCCAGAAGUCAGCGCUCAACAGCCAGAAGAAGUCAGCGCUCAGCAAUCAGAAGUCAGCACUCAGCAAUCAGAAGAAGUCAGCGCUCAGCAGCCAGAAAUGAGCACUCAGCAGCCUGAAGUCACCACUCGACAGCCAAAAGUCAGCACUCAGCAGCCUGAAGUCAGCGCUCGGCAGCCAGUUGAAGCCAGCGCUCAGCAGCCAGAAGUCAGCACUCAGCAGCCUGAAGUCAGCACUCGGCAGCCAGUUGAAGCCAGCGCUCAGCAGCCAGAAGUCAGCACUCAGCAGCCUGAAGUCAGCGCUCGGCAGCCAGUUGAAGCCAGCGCUCAGCAGCCAGAAGUCAGCACUCAGCAGCCUGAAGUCAGCACUCGGCAGCCAGAAAAAGUCAGCACUCAGCAGCCCAAAGUCAGCACUCAGCAGCUUGAAGUCAGCAUUCAGCAGCCUGAAGUCAGCACUCAACAACCAAAAGUCAGCACUCAACAGCCUGAAGUCAGUAGUCAGCACCCAGAAAAAGUCAAUGCUCAGCAGACCGAAAAAGUCAGCGCUCAGCAGCCAAUAGUCAGCAGUCAAGAAGAGGUGCUGACACAUGACGUAGUUGAAGUCAGCAUGCCUCAACCAGUGCUGACUCGAUUUGCCAGUGAAUCCACCAUACCACUGCCCGUGCUGACGCAGAUUGAUAAAGUCAGCACUUCCGAGGCCGUGCUGACACCCUCCCCAUCCCACGCCAGGAGUCAGCCACCAGUGCUGACGGGAGAGGCAAUAGAAAUCAGCCUCCCCCAGCCACGAGUCAUACAAGUCUGCAGUCAGCAACAUCAGGUGCUGACACACUCCAUCGGUGAAGUCAGCACUCCACAAACAGCGCUGACACAAUUUGCAAGUCAGAGCAGACCUCCACUACAGGUGCUGACGCAAGUUGAUACUGACGUCAGCAUUUCCCAAGGUAUGCUGACUUCCUUAUCCCAGCAGAUGCACGCUGAACAACCAGUGCUGACUAAAACUGUCGCGGAAGUCAGCCAAGCUCAGCCAAGAUUAAUUACAGAAGUCAGCAGUCAGCAAGAACCCUCAACACUCUCAGUGGAGGAAGUCAGCAGUCCAGCGGAACCUAUGCUGACUAGCGCUGAACAACAAGUCAGAGUCAGCAUCCAAACUCCAGUGCUGACGCCUUCCGUUAGUGAGGUCCGCACUCCACAAUCAGCGCUGACACAGUUUGCAAGUGACAGCCCGGCCCCUGUUGCAGUGCUGACGAGGGCUGACAGUAAAGACAGCACUGGCCAAAGAGUGCUGACGCCGACCACACACCUGACCCAGACAAUAAUUGAUGUGGAAGUCAGCACUCAGCACCCGGAACAAACACAGCAGCUGACAGAAACCAAAAGUCAGCAAUCAAGUCAGCCCCUAGCGGUGUGUGAAAGCAGCAGUAUGGGAGAAGAGAAAGCAGAACGAAUGGGGAAAGUCAGCAGUCAGCAGGCAAGAUCAGCAGAAAUCAGCAGUCAGCAACCAGCAGUUCAUGACACAAUUAGUCGGCAACCAACGCCAUCACAAGUCAGCAGCAGUCAGCAACUAACACUACCGGAAAUCAGUACUCAGCAGGCAACAUCAGCAGAAGUCAGCAGUCAGCAAAAAAUGCCAUAUGAAGUCAGCAGGCAGCAGUCAUUACAAUCAGAAGUCAGCAGUCAGCAACCAAUAUCACCAGAAAUAAGAAGUCAGCAGGCCACGUCAGCAGAAGUCAGCAGUCAGCAGAAAAUGCCGCUUGAAGUCAGCAGGCAAGAGGCAUUACCAUCAGAAGUCAGCAGUCAGCUUCUAACAUCACCAGAAGUCAGCACUCAGCAGGCAUUAUCAGAAGUCAGCAGUCAGCAAGCAAUAUCAGGAGUCAGCACUCAGCAAGCAACGCAAGCAGAAGUCAGCACUGAUCAGGAAUCAUUGUCAGAGCUCAGCAUUCAACAACCAAGGUCAGCGGCAGUCAGGAGUCAGCAGGAACCGUUGUCAGAAGUCAGCACUCAGCAAGCAACGCAAGCAGAAGUCAGCACUGAUCAGGAAUUAUUGUCAGAGCACAGCAUUCAACAACCAAAGUCAGCGGCAGUCAGGAGUCAGCAGGAACCGUUACCUGAAGUCAGCAGUCAGCAAGCAACAUCAGCAGAAGUCAGCACUGAUCAGGAAUCAUUGUCAGAAGUCAGCAUUCAACAACCAAGAUCAACGGGAGUCAGAAGUCAGCAAGGAUUGGUGUCAGGAGUCAGCACUCAGCAAGCAACGUCAGCAGAAGUCAGCACUGAUCAGGAAACACUGUCAGAACUCCGCAGUCAGCAACCAACGUCAACAGAAGUCAGGAGUCAGCAGGAAAAAUCAGAAGUCAAGAGUCAGCAACUAACGUCAGCAAAAGUCAGCAGUCCAGAAUCUCUGACAAUGGAGACAGCAGCUGAUCUAAGUACCCGUGAGCUAUUGUCAGCACACUCAGUAGUCAGCAGUCAGCAGGAAACGUUGACACCAGUCUUGAGUCAGCAAGCAACGUCAGCAGAAGUCAGCACGGAUCAGGAAACAUUGUCAGAACUCAGCAUUCAGCAACCAACGUCAGCAAAAGUCAGGAGUCAGCAGGAAGAAGUGUCUGAACUCAGCAUUCAGCAAGCAACGUCAGCAGAAGUCAGCACUGAUCAGGAAACAUUGUCGGAACUCAGUAGUCGGCAACCAACGUCAGCAAAAGUCAGAAGUCAGCAGGAAAAAGUAUCUGAAGUCAGCAGUCAGCAAGCAACGUCAGCAGAAGUCAGCACGGAUCAGGAAACAUUGUCAGAACUCAGCAGUCGGAAACCUACGUCAGCAGAAGUCAGGAGUCAGCAGGAAGAGGUGUCAGAAAUCAGCAGUCAGCCACUAAAGUCAGCAAAACUCAGCAGUUUAAAAUCUCUGACAAUGGAGACAGAAGUUGAUCUAAAUAUCCGUCAGCCAUUGUCAGCGCACUCAGUAGUCAGCACUCAGCAGAAAUCGUUGUCAACAUUCACCAUUCAGCAAGCAACGUCAGCAGAAGUCAGCACGGAUCAGGAAACAUUGUCAGAACUCAGCAGUCAGCAACCAACGUCAGCAAAAAUCAAAAUUCAGCAGGAAGAAGUGUCUGAAGUCAGCAUUCAGCAAGCAACGUCAGCAGAAGUCAGUAUGGAUCAGGAAACAUCAUCAGAGCUCAGCAUUCAGCAACCAACGUCAGCAAAAGUCAAGAGUCAGCAGGAAGAAGUGUCUGAAGUCAGCAUUCAGAAAGCAACGUCAGCAGAAGUCAGCAUGGAUCAGGAAACAUCAUCAGAGCUCAGCAUUCAGCAACCAAGAUUAGCAAAAGUCAAGACUCAGCAGGAAGAAGUCAGAAGUCAGUUACUAACGUCAGCACAAGUCAGCAGUCAGCAAUCCGUAACAAUGGAACCUGAAACUGAACUAGGUAUCCGUCAGCCAUUGCCAGCAGAGUCAGCACAGCAGGUCAGCAGGCACCAAGGAUUGCUGAUACACGGCGCAGAGGAAGUCAGCACUCCUCAGACAGUGUCAGCUCAGUUUGCGAGUGAAGGCGCGGUGUCAUCUCAAGUGCUGACGCGACUGGAGACCGAGGAAAGAGUGCUGACGCUUGCAUCAGCUACAGGUAGUCAGCAAUCCCUCGCCACUGAAUCAGCAGCACACGUCAGCACCUCAAAACCAGUGCUGACGUCAGUGAAGCAAGUCAGCAUACCACAGCAGCAGGACCAGAUACUGUCAGCCAUGGAAGUCAGCACCCCUCAGCAGCUACCAGUAAGUGAUGUCAGCUCACAACAGGGAGUGCUGACGGAGGCUCCAUCGAGAGUCAGCAGUCAGCACACACCAGGACUGACACAGGUUGUUGAACAGGCCAGAGAUCAGCAGGAAUCAGCGCUGAGUGACGCCACAAGUGAGAUCAGCACUCAUCAGCCAGAGUCAGCACGGGUUGUGGAGGGCGUCAGCAGUCAGCAGCGCCCAAAACAAGCACAGUUCUUGCAGGAAGUCAGCAGUCAGCAGGAACCUAAAAGAAUACAGACUGCACAGGACGUCAGCAGUCAGCAAGAGCCAGAACUAACACAGGGGUUGCAAGAAGUCAGCAAUCAGCAACUAGCAGAAGCCAUACAGCAGAGAGUCAGCACUCAGCAGGAGCCACAGGUGCUGACACAGACAGCACAGGGCGUCAGCGGUCAGCUUAAGCCAGAGCUGACCCUACCCAUACAAAGAGUCAGCAGUCAGCGCCUUUCAGAGCUGACGGAGACUGUUCAAGAAAUCAGCACUCCUCUACCGGCCCUACAAACACCGUCAGUAGGAGUCAGCACUCACCAAGGGACUUCAGAGAGACUUGGGAGAGAUCGACAACUUCUGACGGAAUCUGCUGACCUACUGGAAAGUCAGCAACCGAUGGAGAUGCAAGUGCUGACUCGACAACAACUCCUGACGCACUCCACCAGCGACGUCAGCACUCCAGAGGCGGUGCUAACUCAAUUUGCAAGUGAAUCCACAGCUCCAUUGCCAGUGCUGACGCAAGCUGACAGAGGAAUCAGCACCUCUCAAACAGUAACACCAACACAGCAGAUGAGUCAGCAACCAGUGCUGACGCGUGCUGAAGCGGAAGUCAGCAGUUUAGACCCAGAGCUGACACAGACAACGGUGCAAAUCAGCAGUCAGCACCCAGUUACUACCCAGGUACUUGAGGAAGUCAGAACUCAGCAUGUACUCAGCAGUAGUCAGUACUCAACAAUGCCUGGUAUGAGUAGUGCUGAGGCGGGAGUCAGCACCCAAGAACCUGUGCUGACUAAAGUGGAGAAGCUCAGCAGGGAAAAACAACCCUUGCUGACACACACCGCAGCUGAAGUCAGCGUCACCCAUCCAUUGCUGACUCAGUUUGCGAGUGUCAGCACCGCUCCGCUGCAGGUGCUGACGCAGUGUGAUAGUGAGGAUGACUCGUACUCGGAAGGGCUGACACCAGAAUCAUCUUUGUCAGCAGGCGAACCACCAGUGCUGACGGCGGGCUCUGCGGAAGUCAGCCAUCACCAGCCCGAAGCGGUGAGUCCCUUGGUGCAACUCAGCAGUCAGCAACCAGCACAAGUAAGACAAGUGGGAGAAGUCAGCAGUCAGCAGCAAUCAGCAACCCAUCAGUGGAGUGAAGUUCAGGAGUCAACAGUGGAGGAAUGUUCUGAAAUCAGCAUUGAUAAGCCUCCGAUGGUUCAGUCAGCGCAUGAAGUCAGCAGGCGCGUCAGCACCAUUCCUGAGCACAUGGUAGAAGUCAGCACUCCCCAGUUACCGCCGCAAGUCAGCCGUCAGCAGCUUCCUCAAGAACAGAUGCUGCAGGAAGUCAGCACUCCACCGACACAGCUUCCUGACCUUACUGCUGAAGUCAGCCCUCAAAAAUCGGAGCUGACAGAGAUGGAAAGAGUCAGCAGUCAGCAACAACCACUGCUGACACAGUCUACAGAAGUCAGCCCUCAAGAACGGGAGCUGACAGAGGGGAUAAAAGGAGUCAGCAGUCAGCAACAACCAGUGCUAACUGCUACCGGAGAAGUCAGCACUAUGCAGCCACAACCAGUGCUGACGCAGACCCAAGAACGUCAAGAAAGAGUGCUGACACAUUCCGUGGGUGAAGUCAGCACUCCGCAACCCGUGCUGACACAAUUUGCAAGUGAGAGUGCUGCUCCGUUACCAGUGCUGACACAGAUCGCUGACGUCAGCACUCCACGACCACUGCUGACGUCCGCAUCACCACAAAUCAGCACCAGUCAACCAGUGCUGACGGAGGAGGUGGAGAAAGUCAGCCACCAUCAGCCAACUGCGACUAGUCAGCAACAGUCAGCAGAUGUCAGCACUGAACACCAACCCUCAGCACAUAUGGCGAAGGAAGUCAGCCAUCAAUUGCUGACUCAAACCGCCGACCAGUUCAGCACUCAGCAGCCAGUUGAGAUCAGGGUUGAGGAGGAAGUCAGCAGUCAGCAGGAGUACCCAGAUAGCACGCAGAGUCAGCAGAAAGUCAGCACGCCACAAAAACUGCUGAAAGAAUCUAAAGAGCGAGUCAGCACUCAGCACGAAGAAUACACAGAUAGCACGCAGAGUCAGCAGGAAGUCAGCACACCUAGAACACUGCUGAAGGAGUCUGAAGAGCACGUCAGCAGUCAGCAGAUCCCACAAACACACGCAGUAGGUGAAGUCAGCACUCCAACAGAAGUGCUGACUAAAUUUGCAAGUCAGAGUCCUGCCCCGAUGCCAGUGCUGACUCGGGUUGAUAGAGACGUCAGCAAUUACCAGACAGAGCUGACGUCCUCUCAAGAAACAAGACGUCAGCACCAGCCACUGACGUCAGCAAUGGGGGAAAUCAGAACCGUCGACCCAGUCUUAACAGAAACCGUGGCCCAAGUCAGCACUCAGCACCCAAUUCAGACCCAGGUGCUAGAGGAAGUCAGCAGUCUAGAGUCAGCAACGUCAGACUCAGAAGAUGAGGUUAGUGAACUAGACUCACUUCCAAGUCAGCACCAGGAGGAGGUCAGCACCCCAGAUAUGGUGCUGACGCCUCUAACACACACCGUCAGCCAAGUCAGCACACACCAACCAGUGCUGACGCAGUUUGCCAGCUUCAGCACUGCUCCCUUGCCAGUGCUAACUCAGUGUGAGGAAGUCAGCAGCUCCCCAGAAAUGCUGACGCCCUCACCUCGUCUGACUAGCGAUCAGGAACCAGUGCUGACGCCGACUGAGGGGAAAGUGCUGACGCGUGCUGACGAAGGAAUCAAACAGCAUUUCGACACCACACAACCGGCGCCGGAAGUCAGCAGUCAGCUACGAGUGUCAGCAGAUGUCAGUAGUCAGCAGAUAGCGGUGCCACAUACAGCAGAAGUCAGCAGUCACCUACCAUCACUGUCACAACCAAGAGAAGUCAGCAGUCAGCCAUCAGUGUUCCCUCAGUCAGCAGAAGUCAGCAGUCUGCCACUAGAAUCAGCAGAAAUCAGCAGAUACUCAGCAACUUCCUCACGGGUGUUGGAGUCAGCAGUUAGUCAGCACGGUGUAGAGACGAUACCAAUGGAAGAAGUCAGCACCUUGGACCCUGUGCUGACGUCAAGGGGAGUCAGGAUACAACCAGCAGUGGGACAAGUCAGCAGUCAGCGGGCCCAGUUCACAGCCGCUGAGGGAGUCCUUGCUCAGCACUCAGCACCGAGUCAGCAAUCAAGUGUUCAGAGUCAGCAGUCACCACCUAGGGCCACGCUGAUCCAAAGUCGGAGUCAGGAUGGAGAGCUGACGCGAGUUACACAAGAAGUCAGCAGUCAGCAUGGAGAUCCAGUUCGUGUGGUGGCAAGUCAGCAAAGUCAGCAGUCAGCACUUACAGGUCAGCAACCAUCUCAAGCUUUACAAGGAAGAGUCAGCACCUCAGAGCAGAUGCUGACAAGGACUGUAGAAGACGUCAGCACUACCCAAGCACUGCUGACGCAUUCCGUGGGUGAAGUCAGCAUUCCACAACCAGUGCUGACUCAGUUUGCAAGUCAGCGCGCCGCCCCUUUACCAGUGCUGACCCAGGCUAGCACCGCCCAACAGACAGUGCUGACACCACUAACAACUACCAGACAACAGGUGCUGACUACUGCUGAACUCAGACAUCUCGAAGGUCAGCAACAGCAUGUGGAAAACCUCAGCACUCAGCAAGCAUUAUCAGCACCGGUCCUGGAGGAAGUCAGCACUCAGAGGGUAAAGUCAGCACUCGAAAUAGAGGAACACAGCCGUCAGCUCCGAGAAUCAGCAGCAGAACUCAGCACUCAGCACUCCAUGACAGCUCAACAAGUCAGCAGUCAGGAGGUAAUGUCAGCACUUCAAAUAGAACUCAGCCGUCAGCUCCGAGAUUCAGAAGCAAAACUCAGCACUCAGCACUUGGAGACAGCACAGCAAGUCAGCACUCAGCACUCAGCAGUUAUAAAAGCUCAGGAGAAAGCUAGAUUCCCAGAGCAAGUGCUGAGGGAAGCAGUGCAAGAAGUCAGCACUCCCCAACCAGUGCUGACUCAGUUUGCAAGUCAGACUCCUGCUGCCAUACGAGUGCUGACGGAGGCUGACACUACGGGCAGCUUCUCACCACGAGUGCUGACUUCGUCCACACAACAGGCUGAUCAGGAGCGAUUCAAACUUACAGGAUCAGCAGAACUCAGCACCCAUCUCCCCGAAGUCAGCAGUCAGCAGUCAGUGUCAGCUCAGCAGGAUGUGAAGGUCAGCAGUUCUUCAGGUUUUCCAUUACAGAUGCAAAGAAUAGUUGACGUUCACUCAGCAGAAGUCAGCAGUCAGCAUCCACCAGAGCCAGAGUCAGCAGAAGUCAGCAGUCAGCAACUAAUAGAGCCCAGGUUAGCAGAAAUCAGCAGUCAGCCACCAAUUAAGACUCAAAUAGCAGCACUCAGCAGUCAGCAACAAGUGGAGGCCGUGUCAGCAGAAGUCAGCAGUCAGCGUGCGGGGGUAUUGCAGUCCGCGGAGGAAGUCAGCACCCCUCACCCACUGCUGACUCGGUUUGCCAGUGAAGGCACCGUUCCAUCACCAGUGCUGACACAAGCUGACAGUGACCUCAGCAUGUUCCCGAGAGUGCUGACACCUCCAUCUGAGUUGCUGACUGGCCGACAAGAAGUGCUGACUACGGCGGAGACUGAAAUCACUGGUACUCUGUCAGCAGAUAAAUAUGUCAGCAUUGUCAGCAGUCAGCAUUCACUACCAGAGGAAGUCAGCACUGUACAGAGUGACUUACAUGCAUCAGGAGAGGUCAGCACUCAGCAACCACAGCGGGCGAGAGCCAUGCAGAGAGUCAGCACUCAGCAACAACCAGUGCUGACUCAUACAGUAGGUGAAGUCAACAUUCCACAACCCCUGCUGACUCAUUUUGCGAGUGAAACAUCAGCUCUGCGGCCAGUGCUGACUCGUGCUGACUCUCCCUCAGUGCUGACGCCUUCAGAACAGCAGGCAAGGAUCCCCCAACAAGUGCUGACGGCCCAUAGUGCAGAAGUCAGCAGUCAGCCACAAGAGGAAGCACUGCCCGUAGAUAUCAGAAGUCAGCAGAUGGUUAAAGUCCAGUCAGCAGUUGUCAGCAGUCAGCCGCCACUGGAUCAGCAAUCAGAAGUAGUCACCAGUCAAACAUCAGAUCUCCAGUCAACAGAAGUCAGCAGUCAGCAACCAUUGGCUCUUCACUCAGCAGAAGUCAGCAGUCAGCAACCACCGACUCUUCACUCAGCAGAAGUCAGCAGUCAGCAACCAUUGGCUCUUCACUCAGCAGAAAUCAGAAGUCAGCAACCACCGACUCUCCAUUCAGCAGAAAUCAGCAGUCAGCAACCAUUGGCUUUCCACUCAACAGAAGUCAGCAGUGAGCAGCCACCAACUUUCCACUCAGCAGAAGUCAGCAGUGAGCAACCACCAACUUUCCACUCAGCAGAAGUCAGCAGUCAGCAACCACUGACUCUCCAUUCAGCAGAAAUCUGCAGUCAGCAACCACUAGCUUUCCACUCAGCAGAAGUCAGCAGUCAGCAACCAUUUGCACUCCGUUCAGCAGAAGUCAGCGCUCAGCAAGAAGUAUCAGAGGGAACAGUUAGUCAGCAAGGUCUAAUUCCUCAAGAACAACGUAGCAUUCAGCAACAGAUACAGGAGAGAGGCAGCAUUCCCCAAGAAGUGCUGACACCGUGCCUGGAGGAGGUCAGCACGUUGAGACCAGUGCUGACCCGACCCGUACUUCAGGUAGCAAGAGAGGAACAAGUGCUGACGCAUGCUGAAGCAGAAGUCAGCACCCCACAGGCAGUGCUGACACAGUUUGCCAGUGAAGGCCCCACUCCUAUACCAGUGCUGACUCAGGCUGACGAUAGCGGCAGGAUUCCUCGAGCAGUGCUGACGCCCUCGGCACAGCUGACGGCCAGCCCCCAACGCCAGCUGACCAUGGCUGAGGAGGACGUCAGCAAUGUCAGCCAUCCGAUGCCAGGUGGCGUGCAGACUGUGGAACAAGUCAGCAGUCAGCAGGGUCCUAUGCUGAAAUACGCCCAAGCUGACGUCAGCACUCUACAAACAGCGCUGACGUCCCCACUGCUGACGGAGGAUGUUCAAGAAGUCAGCAUUCGACAAGCACUGCUGAGGCAACCCAUGGAGAGAGUCAGCAGUCAGCAGCAACAGAUUCCAGUAUACUCAGCAACCGAAGUCAGCAUUCCACAACCAAUGCUGACGCGGUUUGCAAGUGAGUCAGCUGCUCCUCUACCGGUGCUGACGCAGAUUGAUAGUAAAGUCAGCACGUCCCAGGCAGUGCUGACACCCGUCCCACAUCAGCAGAGUCAGCCUCCGAUGCUGACGGAGGGCACAGCACAAGUCAGCCACGCUCAGCCCCAGAUUGUAGAAGUCAGCACUCAGCAACAGUCAGCACCGAGUCAGACCAUCCAGGAAGUCAGCACUCAGCAACAACAGGUGCUGACACAUUCCAUAGGUGAAGUCAGCACUCAGCAACAAGCAGCACCGAGACAGAGCUUGCAGGAAGUCAGCACUCAGCAACAACAGGUGCUGACACAUUCCAUAAGUGAAGUCAGCACUCCACAAACAGUGCUGACUCAGUUUGCUAGUGAAGGACCCGCUCCCUGGCCGGUGCUGACACAAGCUGACAGUGACGUCAGCACCUACCAACCAGUGCUGACACCACGGCAAAGCAGCUCUCCACAUCCAGUGCUGAGGGAAGCAGUGAUGGCAGAGACUCAGCAUGGCCCAGUGCUGACUCAAGCGGAGGAGUACGUCAGCAGUCAGCAUCCAGGAGUGAUAAAACCUGUAGAAGUCAGCAGUCAGCAAUCACCUCAGGCACAGUUCGUCGUCAGGUUCAGCACGCCACGUCAGCAGUCAAUGGAGGAAGUCAGCAGUUUGUAUGACCCCUCACAAGCUGUAGUGAAAGUCAGCACUCAGCAGGAUCCCACAUCUCAGCCACUGGAAAGAGUCAGCAGUCAGCAGACACUCAGAUCAGACAUUGUGGAGCCUCUCAAAGUUCCCCCCACACAGCUGACACGUGCUGAGGAAAAAGUCAGCACUCAGCAGUCAGCAAUGAGUCAGCAAGUGGAGGAAUGUCAGCGUGGCCAGGAAGUGCUGACUCAACCUAUUGCUGACUCACACUUCCCACGAUUGGAGGUCAUCCGCGCCGCACACGAAGUCAGCACUCAACCAGAAAUGCUGACUCAGUUCGCCAGCGAGAGCGCAGCACCAUUACCAGUGCUGACGCGUGCUGACACCAGUGAUCAGACCCCCGGGAGAGUGCUGACGCUCCCCCCUCAGCAGACAGCCACUCAACCACCAGUGCUGACUCAAGGUUUGGCAGAGACCACCCAGCGUCAGCUCAGAGCGGCACAAACUGCGGAGCAAGUCAGCAGUCAGCAACCAUUGGCUCUUCACUCAACAGAAGUCAGCAGUCAGCAACCAUUGGCCUUACACUCAGCAGAAAUCAGCAGUCAGCAACCACCAACUUUCCACUCAGCAGAAAUCAGCAGUCAGCAACCAUUGGCACUCCGCUCAGCAGAAGUCAGGGUUCAGCAAGAAGUACUGGAGGAAAUAGUUAGUCAGCAAGCCCUGAUGCCUCAAGAACAGCUCAGUACUCAGCAACAGAUUCAGCAGAGAGUCAGCAUUCCCCAAGAAGUGCUGACACCGCGCAUGGAGGUAGUCAGCACGUUGAGACCAGUGCUGACUCGACCAAUACUUCAGGUAGGAAGAGAGGAACAAAUGCUGAGGCAUGCUGAAGGAGAAGUCAGCACCACGCAGCCCGGAAGCAUCUAUCAACCAGUCCCCUCACAUAUUUCUGAAGUCAGCGCUCAGCAAGUAGAGUCAGCACAUUCCUUGGAGAGCGUCACCCCUCUGCAUGCUGUCAGGGGACUCAGCGCCUCACGAGCAGUGCUGACGCCAUCCUUCCCAGUGGUACAAAGUCAGCAUCCAAUGUCGAUGGAGGCUGUCGAAGAGCUUACUCAGCCACAGGCGGUGCUGACUAAGGUUAUGGGUCACGUCAGCAGUCAGUAUGAAGAACAACCACCGACACGUGAAGUCAGCAGUCAGCAACCAGCUCAGCCACAGUUCGUGCAAAGAGUCAGCAGUCAGCAGUCAGUCCAGCCGCAAUGGGAAGAAGUCAGCACUCAGCAGAUAUCUCAGCCCCGGUCAGGACAAAUCAGCAGUCAGCAACCAGCUCCACCACAUUUAGUCCAAAGUGUCAGCACUCAGCAGGCAGUUCCGCCACAGUGGGAGGAAGUCAGCAGUCACCAAGAACAACACCCACGAUUGCAAGAAGUCAGCAGUCAGCAGAUAUUCCAGACACAAUUAGGAGAGGUCAGCACUCAGCAGAUUCCUCAGCCCCGGUCAGGACAAAUCAGCAGUCAGCAAGCAGUUCCAUCACAGUUGGUACAAAGAGUCAGCAGUCAGCAGUUAACUCAGCCACAAUGGGAGGAGGUCAGCACUCAGCAAGAACAAAGGCCACAACUGCAAGAAGUCAGCACUCAGCAAAUAUCUCAGCCACAAUUAGGACAAGUCAGCAGUCAGCAGCCAGUUCCACCACAUUUAGUGCCAAGAGUCAGCAGUCAGCAGGCAGUGCAGCCACAAUGGGAGGAAGUCAGCAGUCAGCAAGGAGCAAGACCACGAUUACAAGAAGUCAGCACUCAGCAAAUCUACCAGCAACAAUUAGAAGAAGUCAGCAGUCAGCAGAUAUCUCAGCCUCAGCCAGGACAAGUCAGCAGUCAGCAAUCACAGUUAGUGCAAAGAGUCAGCAGUCAGCAGGUAGUUCAGCCACAGUGGGAGGAAGUCAGCAGUCAGCAAGAACAAAGGCCACGAUUACAAGGAGUCAGCACUCAGCAAAUAUCGCAACCUCAAAUAGAAGUCAGCAGUCAGCAACCAGUCCCAUCACAGUUAGUGCAAAGAGUCAGCAGUCAGCAGGCAAUCCAGCCACAAUGGGAGGAAGUCAGCAGUAAGCAAGAACCAAGGAUCCGAUUACAAGAAGUCAGCACUCAGCAAAUCUACCAGCCACAAUUAGGACAGAUCAGCAGUCAGCAACCACUUCCAUCACAAUUGGUGCAUAGAGUCAGCAGUCAGCAGGCAGUCCAGCCACAAUGGGAGGAAGUCAGCAGUCAGCAAGAACCACAACCACAGAGAGUCAGCACUCAGCAAAUAUUCCACCCUCAGCCAGGACAAGUCAGCAGUCAGCAGCUAUUCCAGCCUCAACCAGGACAAGUCACCACUCAGCAACCAGUUCCAUCACAGCUGGUGCAAAAAGUCAGCAGUCAGCAGGCAGUCCAGCUACAAUGGGAGGAGGUCAGCAGUCAGCAAGAACAAAGGCCACGGUUGCAAGAAGUCAGCACGCAGCAAAUUUACCAGCCACAAUUGGGAGAAGUCAGCAGUCAGCAGAUAUCUCCGCCAGGACAAGUCAGCAGUCAGCAACCAGCUCCACCACAGUUAGUGCAAGGCUUCAGCAGUCAGCAGUUACCUCAGUCACUGUGGGAAGAAGUCAGCAGUCAGCAAGAACAAAGGCCACGGUUGCAAGAAGUCAGCACUCAGCAAAUAUUCCAUCCACAAUCAGAAGUCAGCAGUCAGCAACCAGUCCCACCACAGUUAGUGCAAAGAGUCAGCAGUCAGCAGGCAGUCCAACAAUGGGAGGAAGUCAGCAGUCAGCAAGAAGCAAGGCCACGCUUACAAGAAGUCAGCACUCAGCAAAUAUAUCAGCCACAAUUGGGACAAAUCAGCAGUCAGCAAGCAGUUCCAUCACAGUUAGUGCAAAGAGUCAGCAGUCAGCAGGCAGUCCAACCACAAUGGGAGGAAGUCAGCAGUCAGCAAGAAGCAAGACCUCGAUUACAAGAAGUCAGCACUCAGCAAAUAUACCAGCCACAAUUUGGACAAGUCAGUAGUCAGCAAGAGAUUCAGCCUCUGCAGUUAUCGCAAGAAGUCAGCAGUCAGCAACCAGCUCAGCGUGUAGGAGAGGUCAGCAGUCAGCAGGCAGUUCAGCAUCAAGUAAUACCGGAAGUCAGCAGUCAGCAGAUAUUCCAGCCACAAUUACGACAACUCAGCACUGAGGAACUAGAGGAGUGUCAGCAGAGAGUCAGCAGUCAGCAAGUGAUUCAGCCUUUACAUACACCACAAGAAGUCAGCAGUCAGCAACCAGCUCAACAAGUGGGAGAAGUCAGCAGUCAGUCAGCAGUACAACACCAAGUAGUGCCUGAAGUCAGCAGUCAGCAACCACAGUCAGUGCAAGAAGUCAGCAGUGAGGAGACAGCGCAACCAUUAUCAGCACGUGAAAUCAGCAGUCAGCAGGCAGGUCAGCCGCAACAACCGCAGGAAGUCAGCACUCAGCAGCGACCUCAGCCACAACCUGCGCAAGAAGUCAGCAGUCAGCGGGAAAAGCAACCUCAGAAACAGCAUAAAGUCAGCACUCAGCUGGGACGUCAGCACUCACGAAGUCGAAGCCGAAAAGCAAUCCGGGUAAAAGUCGUUGAAGAAGUCAGCACUCAGCAAGAAACGGCACCAGUAGUCAGCAGUCAGCAGAUCUUACACCCACAAGCACAUGAAGUCAGCAGUCAGCAGGAAUCAGACGCUGAGUUCAGACAAAUCGGCAGUCAGCAGGCACUACAAACACACAUACUGCAGGAAGUCAGCAGUCAGCAAGAACCAGAAGCUGACGUCAGAGAAAUCAGCAGUCAGCAGGAACCACAAUCUCAGACAAUGCAAGAUGUCAGCAGUCAGCAAGUGUCAGGACGAAAAGGUUUGGGAGUCAGCCAUUUGAGAUCAGUUCCAGUAAGAGAAGUCAGCAGGCAGCCGUUACCACAGCAUCCUGAAGUCAGCACUGCCCAGGCACUGCUAACUCAACAAGGAAGGGAGAGUACAGACACCCCCCAAAUGCUGACGCGUGCUGACAGUGAGGAUAGAGCUAUACCAGGAGUGCUGACGCUGUCCCAUCCCGAAGUCAGCACUCAGGAGCAGGUGCUGACAGAUGCUGCCCCGGAACUCCAACACAGUCAGCCGGAAACGGUCCAACCUGUGGUGAGAGUCAGCAGUCAGCAAACAGAGACAGGUCAGCCCACGGAGGAGGUCAGCACCCGUCAGCCCACCGUGGAACAUGCAUGGUCCAACAUCCCAAGUCAGCAGAGAUUACAGACUGGCACAUUGGGGCAAGUCAGCAGUCAUCAGCACUUCUCCCGGGCAAGACUGGUGGAGGGGGUCAGCCGUCAGCAGGCAAUGGAGGCUGAGGAGAUGGAGGAAGUCAGCACUCAGCACUUACAACCUGGACUACUCGAGGUUGGUAGUACUGACUCAGCAACUCAGCAAAUCACCCUACGAGAGACCCUACGGAGUCAGCAGGAAUUUGAAUACGAAAUGGGAGCCUCAGCAUCUUCAGCACAGCAGGAGACCACAUCAGGGGAGGCUGGGGUGCUGACGAUACCAACUCAGCAAGGGGACCAGGAGUACCAACCCCCAAUGACGGCUUUGCUUCCACUAGGUCCACCAACUGCGGUCCUUGGGGUGGCAACUCUACUCACCCCACAGAGUUCCACCGACGAAGGAAGCUCCCCAACCACCCAGGACUCCCUCACACCGCCUAGCUCCGUGGACAGCAGCCUCGCACUAACCUCCCUCACGCCACAGAGCUCAGUGGAGGACGCCCUUGCCGCCCACGCUGCCCCACUGCGGAAACAGACUUCUCCCCCAGCGGUACAGGUUCUGGCCGCUACGCAGGGUCCUUCGCGGGUUCUGUCGGGUACGCCAUCCAGUCUUCAGGCGUCAGGUGCACCCAUGACGGCGCCUACGAGACCGCUCCUACUCAUGAAGACCUCAGCAGUAAGUGUGGCAGAGGAGGAUACUGAGAAAUUUGUUCAAGCAUCGAAGUCAAAUGUCCCCGUUGAUUCCAGGGUUCCGGAGGCUGCCUGGAAGUGCCCCCUGCCUGCUCCCGUGCCCCAGACCAUGCCACAGCGCCCCCCGCCCCCCUUCGACGCCCCCCAGACCACCUCCCAGGCCGCCCCCUUCGCUCCAGUCAUCUGCAUCCAUGAAGUUCAGGAUGCCCCCGAGUGGAGUCCUACAGAGGUCAAGGAUUUGGUUCUGCCGGAGGUCAGGGAUGUGAAGGCCUUGGUGAAUAUCCAGGCCGCCACGUCACCCUUGCAGCCUACCCAGACCUAUACAUCCUUCAUGCAGGCUGUCCCAGUGUCCUGCAAACCUCUACAGGCUAAAUCCGUCCUUCCCUCACUAACGCAGGAUGUUCCCACCGCAGGCUUAUUACAGGCUUUGCAGACCACUGGAACUCCUCUGCAGGCCGUUCCGGAGUCCUACAAAACCGUACAGGCUGAAUCCGUCCUUCCUACACUAGCGCAUCCGUCCGGACAGGCUGUGCAGGCUACCGUGUCAUCUGUACAGGCUCUUCCGACCUACACAUCCUCCCUACAGUCUGUUCCUACCCCAGAAUCGUCCAUACAGGCUGUGCAGGUUCAACCAUCUACCCCACAGGCCACAGCCACAGCUCCGUCCAUGCAGGCUGUGACAUUGCCCACUCUGCAGGCUGCCACGGCAUCCUGUCAACCCGUGCAGGCUGUCUCCACCCUUCCCCAACCCCAGCAGGUCAUCCCAAUCUCAGCUUUUUCAGGCUAUCCCAAAAUCCCUGGAGUUGACCCCUUGACCUUUGACCCCUUCCUCGAGACUUCACCUUUAGCCACCUCCACCCCAGUUGACCUUCCUUCCACAGGUCCCCCAGCCUCCCCAGUGCCUACCACAGCCCCAUCCUUCACCCCAGGGGAAGCUAAGGACCCCAGAGUAUCCGGUAGGCCCCCCAGGGUAGGCAGGGGUUUUGGCGGAGCGAGAUGCGUGAGGGUGCGGGACAUGUCAGCGGCGAUGCUCUUCCCCAGUAGGAGUUUGAGCCUUGGGGAGGAAGGGAAGGAAGGGGAGGAAGGGGAGAUGGGGAGGGAAGGGGAAGGGAAAGGGAGGAUGCGAGCUGGGGGGAGCUUCGAUGAUACUUAUAUACCAGUGUGCUCUUCCUCCACCUCCUCUGUUUCUCUCUCUUCCACACACCUGCUGCCCACACCUCCCUCCACCACCACACAGGACCCACACGCCCCCCCGCAGCGCCCCACACCCGCCACACACCUGCAGCCCACACCUCCCUCCACCACCACACAGGACCCACACGCCCCCCCGCAGCGCCCCACACCCGCCACACACCUGCAGCCCACACCUCCCACCACCACCACACAGGACCCACACGCCCCCCCGCAGCGCCCCACACCCCCCACACACCUGCAGCCCCUC